AUGCCGGGCGCUACGGGAGCCGAUUUACCGCCCGAAACGCUGUCAUUGAUCUUGAAAUGCCUUAUCUCUUCCACAGGCAAACAUCGCCACUUGAAGCACGGGCUCUCUGCGUCUAGUCUCGUAUGCAAGUUCUGGUCCGAGGCGAUCAGACCUGUCCUCUUCCGAGAGCUCACGUUGCGCACCGCCGAAGACGUACGAUUCCUUAAGAACAUCGUCAGCAGCCACAGGUUUACGACUUCGUCUCUGUCCGGGGCCAUCGAAAAGAUAUAUAUCCAUCAAGAAGCCCCGGAGACGAAGCCCUGGCUUCACCACGUCCAUGGACUUUCAACCCGACUGCCGAAGACAAGAUUCCAGUGUACCGUCGUGAAUCGCGCGAGCGAUUCUGAACAAGCGGCCGGUUGCUGGGCUCCGUUCAGAUCGAUACCGCGCGUCACCCCAUCCUACGUCCGACUCUCAGAGCUUACCCUCCACGGCGUUGUAUUCACGAGCACGACCGAGCUUGCACGGCUCGUCGACAAUUUCCCCACGCUCGAGCGCUGCACCUGCGACCAACUCACCUUCCUCGACCCGUCGCCAGUUGUCCAGUCACGCAGAAUCCGGCGACGUGCUUCAUUGACCCUCUGGUGGUGCAAUGUAUCGCGCUGUAAGGAUAUGGCGGUUUCCGUCCAAGCAGCGCUAGCUGCCGACGUCGUUGCGGCUGGUCGUCGCACGGGCCUUGAUGACCGCACAUGGGACGCGACUCUUCAAGCGCUGCUUGCAUCGGUACCAGACACAUUCGAAGGGGCAACCGUACACCUUGAUGGUCAGAAUGGCAAUGUGUUUGGUACGUCUUCAAACUGA